CUCAAACAUCAACAACACAAGUUACCCAAAAGAAGUCCCCACACAGCCCUAGGAGUCGCAUCCACAGCAGGAACCACCCAUACAGACAUGUAAGUACCCCUAAUGUGAAAUAUGAAUCCAGCAAGUCGAGAUCCAGCUCCAGAAGGGACUCUUCGACAAAAAGCUCGCGGAAAAAAGUAUGGAGAAAAUUCAGUUCAAAACAUUUAACAAUAACUCGGACCUGGAAAUGGCAACAGAUAUAACACAAUCCCAACCCGCCGACCAUACCCAAAGUGCGCUGCAAAGCACCAAAAUUUCAUCUCUCGAAAGUAUGGAGAACAGUAAUGAAAAUAAGGAGAAUAGUGUUGGUAGUGCGAAACGUACAUCAGUAUUCAAAAAACUUUUUAUACCGGAAUCGGACAUGAAACAGGUAUCGCGUAGGAGCUCGGACGGCUCUCCAGACAACGACGGAAAUUUCGAAAGUGCGGAGAAUUCGCCGCUAAAUGACACAAUAGUGAAUUUCUCAGAGUUUAACGCGGAAAACAAAGACGCUGAAACAAACACCGGUAGCGCGGGUAAAUCCAAAUCCUUAGACACUCUAAUUCUCGAAUGUACCGAAAACGCGGAGAAAACAUUGAAUGAUAUCAUACAAAAAAGUAUGGAGAAUAGUGAAAAAAGUAACAACGACUCACAGACAGAACACGCUUUGGGCAUCGGGCGCGACACGUUCGUCUCCGCAUACACUACCUUACCGCUGCCAGCCACAGUGACAACGCGAGCGCUCGACUUCGAGACAGACAGACUUCCAACACCGUCGAGUGUAAAUGAAAGAACGGUAUGCGAAAAACCGGCAUACGCGACUCUACAGCUGCCAGCCUCGAUCAAAGAGAGUAUCUUAAAUUUCAAAAACACUACAUCGAGUGAGGACGAGAACUCUUCAGUAAAUAAGCCGGGAAAUAGCACGGUACCGGGUCAAGUGCGAACAUUCACUGGUCAAAAACCGCUGGAGUCCACAGGCGCGGUCCCUAAAACCACAAUCACUCCAGAACAACCACCAAAAAGAAAAAGGACGCCAGAAAGGCCCACAAUAGAUGAUUCCAACAAAGAGGAUCAAGAAAAAAUGGACACAAACGAAGGGGAAGGAGCUUUCAAAACCCCUAAAAAAUUCUCUACAAAUUUCGUUAAAGUAUUGCGAGAAAAGGCAGUAAGGUCCAUAAAACUGCAAAAUAAAUACAAUGUGCUUACGGACACAGAUUCAGACGACGAAGCAUCCCUCCCAUCUAAAAAACCUGUAACACAACACCCUACCACGAGUAUACAGAGUGGCACAGAAAAUAAACCCCCAAGCAUAGUUAACAACAGCGCAAAAAACCCACCAAACGUACCCAGGAGAGCGGCCAUGCCCCCAAUUGUAAUUGAAGGAAAAACCGACAAUCACAGUACCCUAAAAACGGAUCUUCAAAAUAUAAUAAAAGGGAAGUAUUCAAUAAAAUACACCAAUAAUUCAACCAUUAUUUACGUAGAAGACAAAAAAGACUACACCGACUUACUAGAUAGCGUCAAAGAGUCGAAGAUCUCCCACCACACGUACACUAACAGGUCAGAAAAAUCCCAUGCAUUUGUGUUAAGGGGGUUAAACACCGGCACAAAAAUUGAAGACAUUGUGGAAGACAUGAUACAGUCAUACGACAUAAAAACCAGGGAAAUUUUCCAGAUGACCACCAAAUACAGACCGCUAUUCUUAAUAGUGACAGAUCCCGCUAUCACCCUGGACUUUCUCAAUAAAAAUAAUGCAGGAGUUUUUGUGGCAGAUGAUUUAACUGAACUUCAAAGAGCUCAGUACAAACAACUUAAGGAAUAUCCUCUUUGA